AUGACGUCCACCGGAGCUGGGUCUACAGGAGAGAAGUGCGAUGUGCACGGCGUCUGGACUGAAGAGAUCACUGUGAAACCAGUCGGCUUGCAGCCUGGUCGUCGCUAUCUUCGGUGCUCUCUACCUCUCCCACAGCGCUGUCAAUUCUUUCGAUUACUAGAGACCAUACAAAAUAGAGCGCCACGACAGGACUUUCGUCGAUCCUCAGUUGAAAUGCCGGGACGCAGUGCUCCUUUCUUUCAACAUGAGAAAGAUGCAAGAUCACGGAAUGGGCCCUCUAGCAGGCUAAAUCAGGCGACUUCUUUAGGUUCACGACAAACGUCGAUAGGCGGUUUCCGGAUCGGUAGCUCGCGAGGAGUUGACGACCGUAGAUCGCGGCCUUCAUCAGCUGGGAAUACAUCAAUCAUGGGUGAGGAGGCCGCCGCUGAGAAAUGCAGAUGCGGAAAUGACGCGGUGAAGAGGACAGUGCGGAAGGAAGGGCCGAACAAGGGCAAGAAUUUUUGGGUUUGUCGUAAACCCCAUGGCGAGCAAUGCGGGUGGUUUGAAUGGGCUGUUGCUCCCGCCUCUCCACACCGGGACACACGAAAAAGACCACAUUCAAGAUACAGGGAAGAUUCUUUUGGCCAGCAGGGGGGGUCAAAUGAAACCUCAACUGAUAUCUCUAGAGCUGAACGGAUACACGAGCCGGCUGAGAAAAGAGCUAGACAUGCUCCUCAACAUUCAGUGUCCAUCACGCUUGAAGACAUUGACCAUGUGUCUUUCACGAUUACCACGAACGGCCCCGCCGAAUUGAAGGAAGCUCUGCAGAACUAUGAGCACGCCAAGGUCAAGAAGACCAAUUUUCUGGGAGUAGAAAAGGUAACGAUUCCUAUCGAAAACACCUUCUCGUGCGAGGCAUAUGUCGAAGCGAGCGUUAGGACGCAGUUUGAAUAUGGCACUCCUCGAGAAAUCAUCUGUCGGAUUAUCGAAUAUCGCGCCGCGGAGAAUAAGAGGGAAGAGCAAGGUGGUAUUUUCACGCAAUCACUCGAGGGCGUCCUUCCAGAGAUUAUGUGUGAAAAGCUGAUGGAGUUUCAGUGGGAGGGCAUCCAUUUUGCUCUGAAGCGGGGGGGCCGUUGUCUGUUUGGGGAUGACAUGGGUCUCGGGAAAACUCUUCAGGCCAUUGCGGUGGCCAGGGUGUACAUGAAUGAUUGGCCACUCCUGAUUGUAUGCCCGAGCUCACUUCGUCUGAACUGGAAGGAAGAGUUGUUAAAAUGGCUGGAUCAUGAUCUUGAUGAAGAGGACAUUCUGGUCAUCAUGACCGGCAGAGAUAUCGACAGGCCUCUUGAGCGUGUGAAUAUCGUUUCUUAUGAUCUCCUUCGUAAGAUUCCGCCUGCGUUUCUGCGUCGUUGCCAGUUUAUAAUUGCUGACGAAUCUCACUAUCUGAAAUCCAUGACUGCGAAACGGUCUCAAGCUCUAACACCUCUUAUCAAGGGGGCAAAGCGUGCAUUGCUUCUGUCGGGUACACCUGCUUUAUCUCGUCCAGUAGAGCUCUUCCCUCAAAUCAACGCUAUUUCCCCACUUCUGUUUCCGCUCUACCAAGAGUACGUGGAGCGAUAUUGUGCAGCACACGUCGGUCGGUUUGGAUAUGACGUUUCAGGGGCAUCCAAUCUCGAUGAAUUACACACUAUGCUGCGCGGUAGUCUCUUGAUAAGACGGAAGAAGGAAGAGGUACUCUCUCAGCUCCCGGACAAACAGCGUCAGGUCCUUUGGGUACAAACCAAGGCAAAGGCGAUGAAGGAAGUUGAGAGUGCGAUGGUCAAAAUGGAGAAACUCAAGGACGAAGCCCGAAACCCAUCAUCGGAGGGGCGUGCCAGGGCUUUGAAUUUUGACAUCAAGGCUGCACAGAAUGAGCUAUACAAGCUGACGGCAUUCGCAAAGAUUGAAUCUGUUAAAGAGUUCUGCAAGGAUACUGCAGAAACUGGUUGCAAAUUCAUUGUGUUUCUUCAUCACAAGGAAGUCAUGACGCAGCUGAACGAAUUCGUUACAUCCAAAUUGAAACUAGGGCGCAUUUGCAUAGACGGAAGCACACCACAGGGCAAUCGGCAGAAUCUCUGCCGUCAGUUUCAAGAGGACCCAAAAUGUCGUGUUGCACUCUUAUCCAUCACAGCUGCAGGUGUGGGACUAACUCUGACAAAGGCCACAGUUGUGCUUUUCGCCGAAUUGUACUGGAAUCCCGGAAGUCUGUUGCAAGCUGAGGAUCGCGCCCAUCGCAUUGGUCAAAAGGACUGCGUGCUAGUGAAGUACUUACUUGCUCGGAAAACAAUAGACGAGUCUAUGUGGUCGACGAUACGCAGAAAACUGACUGUUGUUGGUCAUUCUUUGACAGGGACUGCCGCGCGCAUGGAACUGACUGAGGACAAAGAUGCCGGUGACCCGAAGCAAAAGGACAUAUCGAGCUUUUUCAAAGCGAAAACAAAGUCUGCCUCUUUGAAAAUAUGUAGUACUACUCAGCUGACCGAAGUCGUCGAGAUAGACGAUGAGGAGGAUGAAACGCCGCAAGCCACAGCGCAAAAUGGGGACAAGGAUAACUCGUUGCCAGAUGAAGAUAACAUGUUUCCAGCAUCUCUACGAGAUAUGCAAAAACCACCAUUGCAUGCGGAAGUACUUCACGUACCUGACGAUUUCGGCGAUAUGGAUCUAAAGGCCGCGAGGGCGAGGCAAGCACAACUAGACGCAGACAUUGCCUUUGCUCGAAAGCUCCAGGCUCAGUUUGAUGCGGAGGAAGCCUUGUAA